GUGUGAGUCGGCAGACUUCGAGGGUGGAAAUGUGCGAGAAGGGUGACGUUUGAUGAACCAAAACAGUCCACUGUGGGAGUAAAUGAAUUACAUGUUAAGUCCAUUGUGUGCGCGUAAACGGCUGUAAGAUGACCGUCCGUGCGCGUAAGCGCGCAUGUGUUGUAAAAACUUCCAGCCGCUGAAUCGCAGCUUUUUUUUCUUAUCGCCUUGUUUUUCAGCGUCUCCCUGCGGUUUCGUUUGUGUGGAUUCAUCCUCAGCCUCAUUUAAACACGAGAUCUAAUUCCAGGUUUGGUGAUUCCUGAAGUUUGCGCGCAAACACGAAGACAGUUUGGUGCCUUUUUUAUUUUGGCUGGACUUUGCGAGCGCUCGACGGAGAUCUGUCCUCCCCUCCAAAAACAGCUCACUGACCCCGUGAGUGGAGGCAUAAGUGCAGGUUGCUGCCUUAUUUAGUCUCAUCUAGCCAAAGCGCGCACAGAGCUUAUUGUCCUCCGAUUCUGCAGCUGAAACCCUUUGUGCAGAAGAUGAGCAUGGAUGUGGAGCUCGAUGGAUUGUUUCGCCAUAACACUACCUAUGACUACGACGACAACUACGAGUAUAAAGAUGACUUUGAGCCAAGAGACAGUAAUACGGUAUUGAUCCCGCUUCUGUACUCCGUGGAGUUGGUUAUAGGUCUGCUGGGGAAUGGACUACUCCUGGCUGUUCUGGCUCAGAAGAGGCGAUCCUGGAGUAUAUCUGACACAUUUGUCAUCCACCUGUGUGUCGCAGACAUCCUGCUGCUGGCGACGUUGCCCUUCUGGGCUGCACAGGCCACUCAACGUUGUGGGUGGUGCUUUUCAGGAUUUCUUUGCAAGAUCUGUGGCGCUGUUUUUAAUAUCAACUUCUACUGUGGGAUUCUUCUGCUGGGGUGCAUAUGUCUGGAUCGCUACCUGUCCAUCGUUCACGCCAUCCAGCUAUACUCCCGAAACAAGCCCUGGUUAGUUCAUAUCAGCUGCCUGUUGGUCUGGAUCCUGUCCCUGGUCCUCACCAUCCCUGACUGGAGUUUUGUGAUAGCUACGAAAGAAUCAGAGAAAACACUGUGUGUGCACAAAUACCCUCAGUCAGCAACUGACUGGCAGCUGGUGUCACGCCUGCUUCACCACAUGGUGGGCUUCCUGAUGCCUACGGCCGCCCUUAUCGUGUGCUGCACCUGUGUCCUGCCACGGCUGCAGUCCAGCAUUAAAGGCAUCCAGAAGCAGAGGUCUAACGUGGUCAUCCUGCUCCUGGUAGCGGUCUUCUUCCUCUGCUGGAUGCCAUACAACAUCACACUCAUUGUAGACACUAUAAGAAGCAGCUCUAAGGAACCGAAUGACGGGAAUCCUGAAGGUUCUCUGAAAACAGCUCUGAUGGUCACAUCUGGUCUGGGCUGCGCUCACGCAUGCCUCAGGCCUCUGCUUUAUCUGGGGCUGUGCGUAAACUUCAGAAAGCGAACUCUGGCCAUGCUGAAACGUGCUACGGUCGAAUCCGAGAUCUCACUGUGGGAGUUGGGUGUGGGCGAAGAGGUCCCGCCUGAUCAGAGUCAUGAGGGUAAAGAGAUGGAGCAGAUGACAAGUCUUGAUCAGAUGCCGUCAACCCAGUGUGCAUGAAUGGACAGAAAAUCCUUCCUGUGACUCAGAUGUGACCUGACUGACAAUCACCCAUUAGGGGAAUCUAGUGUGAGGUCAAGUCAUGAGUUCAAGGGGUAGAAGAUGGUAUUCUGUGUAAAAAUGGGAAGUAUAUAUUUAUAAAAGAGUGACGACCUCACAUUGCUCUUUUAAUGUGAAGGUUUCAGAGCCACAUCAUGGUGACUUGCAUGUUGUACUUUUAUUUUGUAAUGACCGUUGCACAACUCAAAACUCAAUCAUGGGUUUUUUUUCAACUGUAGGUAUCUGUUUUUUUUUAAUGUUUUUUUUAUUAAUAUAAAAAAAUUAUCUAUUAUUUUAUUAUGUAUACUGUUGUGAACAGUUUUCAGCUGCUGCACAAUCAUUGUAAAGCUAGUGCCAUAAUGUUUGAACCUGGAAAGAAAUAUAAGCUGUUUUCAUUGUCAGCGUUAUUGUAAUGAACAUACAGUAGUAUAUAUAACCUUAUAACCUUAUGGCUGAUAACACCAAUAAACUUUUUGCAUGUUAUCUUCAGGUAUUAAAGAUUGCGAGUUUUACGAUUGCGCAGUGAAUGUGUAUGUUUAUGUAUGACCACAGUGAUGGAAUCUCCCCGUGGUUAAUCUCUUUCGACUUCAUUGUUGCAACAUGGGUGUGUGGACCAUAUGAUACAAGAUGACACAAGCAGGUGGUGAUGUCACCAGUCAGGUGACAGAGUGUGAGCCCGUAGGAGGAAGAGGGCAGAAAAAAAAAAAUGAAAAAAGCUCUCUGUUGGUGCCGCUGCCAUUUUAUAGCUCUUUGUUUAUGGCUUGUCUGUUUGCUGAAGAGGGAACAGUGGCACGCUUUGUGCGUAAGAGCAGUUGACUGCAAAAGAGUAGGUGGCAAGUGGAGGGAAGAAGAAGUUAGAGGAGAUAAAAUCUUAUUCUAAAGAUCACCCCACAUGUUGUGCUAAAUAUUAAAUAUGUGGUUUCGUUUCCGAGCUGUUUUGCAGGUUAUGGCCUGUCAUACAUUCCUGAUUUCUGGGCUCAGGGGGAGAUGUAUGAAUCUAAUGUUAACACAUGGAAAAAUGACCUGAAAUAAAGUGUACUUUUAACUUACCUUAUCUCAGGCCAACUCCUUUCCUUCCUCUUUCCGUUUAUAAAGACGUUGAAGUUUAUCUCAAGAAAACUAACGUGAGAAAUGUGGGUGGACUGUAACAGCAGCAGCACAUCAACUUUAUAGUGCUGCUGGUUAUAAUUUAAGCAUUGCAUCAAGUUGAAUGGCUGUUUCCUGUGUCAUAUAUAUGUACACCACAAAACAUUAAAAAAUCCUGAGUAACAGGCCUGUUAUUAGCACAAACACAAACGUUGUUACUGUCAAUGACAAAUGCACUCUGCCUUAUUAAAGUGCAAAAGUUAAAUAA